AUGGCGUCCUCCCCAGAACCCAGGCUUACUACCCCUCCCGAAUCCCCAAGACGCAGCGGCGCAAACGAAUCACGUCCCGCGACUCCAGACAACGGACUGCGCAAUCGCUUUUCGAAUACCAUGCCCGGUGGUGGCGUAGCCUCCCCGAGUUCACCUCUUAUGGCUGGGCCGAGUUUCCCCCGCUCUGCAUUCCAAAGUGCGCUUCCUAUUCUUCCCUCGUCGACCUUUGGCGCGAAGCGAGUUGUGGUCCGUGUGGAUCCCUCUCUCAUGACCUGCUUUGAUCCCUCGGACAAAGAGCUAUACGACUUGUGGGCGCCGAAGAGAUAG